AUGCUCACACCUGACGAGAGUCGUGUCGGUGCGAAAAAGAAGGCACCAUGGAAAGGGACGUUACUUGCAUUCCCUCCUGUGCCAAUGGUGGCAACUGUACAGCAACAAAUGUUUGCACUUGUGACGGGACGAUGUGGACAGGAUCCUAUUGUCAGACAGGAGUCAGGUGAUCAUGCAUCUUGUUUCAGGGCCUUGACUAUCGGUACGAACAACGUCAAUGCACCGAAUAACUAUUUUGAUGGUUGUCUUGAUUCGAUUGCAUAUUUUGGUCGAGCAAAGAAUGCAACGGAAGUAUUGGAUGAUGCUACUAAUGUGGCCUAUCUAUCUUUCGAUGAUAAUAGUCUUCUUGAUAGCGGUCCUUUACUGAUUAAUGGAACAGGGACGAGUUACUCUUACACAUCAUUGGGUCGAGUCAAUGCUGCUCUUACACUUUCCGGCAGCUCCUCCUAUAUUCAAAUCACAGGCCUGAGACGUUUGGGUACAAGUGGUUGGCCAUAUUCGGUUGCCAUUUGGAUCAAACCUACAAGCAGUUCUGGUGGAACAAUAAUGCAUUUGAGUUCCGGAACGGCUGGAACCGGCUCCUGGUGUAUUCCAAUCAUGGGUUUCACUUCGGCCGGACAAAUUGCUAUUAAUAGUUGGAGUGGUGGCAAUGUUGUCCUUACUGGACCUAUCGUUUCGCUCAAUUCAUGGACUCAUGUUGCAGCAACCUAUUCAUCAAGCAAUGGAGAACGACUGUAUGUCAAUGGUGCUCAAUAUGGUUCAUCGUCGAGUACUUACACUUUUUCCGCCAGUAGUGUUCCCAUGACGAUUACACUCGGAAAUUCACUGAGUGGAAUUGGAUAUUGUGCCACAGGCACGAUACAGAUGGGACAAUAUAGUGGGUCGUUAGACGAAUUUCGAGUCUAUGCACGUGAACUUACAGCAUCAGAAGUAUAUUCACUAGCACAUCCAUAA